AUAAGAGCUGCCUCUGGGUCCCAGCAGCUAGGAGCACUGAGAGUGGAAGCCUCAGACUCCUGGAGUGCCAAGAGCUGUGCAGACACACAGGACACCCACAAGGAAGGAGGUUGGAGUUGUGUCCCCAUCCCAAACCUGAGUGGAUAUGAAAGGCCCACUGCUCCUGCCCCUUCUCCUUCUGGGGACAGUUGCUGCUUUCCAUCUGGAGAAUUCUGCCUGCAGUCCGGACAGCCAUGAGAUACAAGUGGAUCUGAGUCAGAAUCUGGAAGGUUCAGGGGAGCAGGGAGAAGACCUGGCUCUGACUGAUGAGAUGAUUCAGUCAGAGGGAGAGGAGGCCAAGGCUUCCAGCUGUCAGGUCACAUCUGAGGACGGGGAGGCCAUGGAUUCGGACCUAGCUGCCCUAGACAAGGACUUUCAGUGCCCCAAGGAAGAAGACGUAAUUCGAAUUCCGAGCAGUCCUGGGUGCAAAACCUGCAACUUCCUGUUGGUGCGGCAGGCCCAGAAAUUUAAAUGUGCUCAGAAUGUCUGCAGGAGGUGCUACCGAGGCAACCUCAUCUCCAUACACAGCUACAACUUAGAUUAUCGCAUCCUCCGCUCAGCCAGAAGACUCAAUGAAAAUGAGGUCUGGAUUGGAGCCGUCAACCGGGGCUGGUUCAUGUGCCGGAGGUUUCGAUGGACCGAUGGGAGCUGCUGGAAUUUUCAAUACUGGGCCUCAGGGCAGCCUUUCCAAGGGCACGGCAACUGUGUGACCCUGUGCGCCCCAGGUGGUCACUGGCGGCGCACUUCAUGCCAAAGGCGUCUGCCCUUUGUCUGCUCCUACUGAGUGGCUGCGGAGCCCCGGCCUCGGAUCCCCCGCCCUUCGCACCCCCCCCACCAACCCGGCCGGCCCCCGCGCCCCAGCUCUGUCCCCCAGCCUCUUCUGGCCAUAAACCCAGACUUCCCACAGCA